CAGAGAUAUAUUAAACAAUAUGAGCCAUGUCAUUAUUAAGUAAACCAUUGUUAAUUUUGAUGAUUAAUUUGUAUUGAAUCCUCAGUAUAUAGAUUUGAGCCUAGCAAGUUGCACCAACAUUUUCUAGCCUCAUACCAUCAUGUUAGCCCUCUCGCCGCCGUUGUUCUCUUCGCCGUUAGAGAACAACGUGAUGAGCAACGAACUCCGCUCCGAUGAUCGGAUCUUCGCAAGCAACCGCAUCCAACAUGAAGAUGGCAUGCUCCAGCAGUCUCUCCUUUUCCCUUCUCCGCCGCAUCCCGAGCUCGAGUUCGACGACCAGAGUCGUGCCAGCAACAGCGCAAAGGACUCCCCAAGAAGCCACAAGAAGUUGAGCCACAACGCCUACGAGCGCGACCGCAGAAAGAAGCUCAACAGCUUCUACUCGUCUCUCCGCACAUUGCUCCCUGAAUCUGAUCGAACCCAGAAGAAAAUGAGCAUUCCAUCGACGGUUUCCCGCAUCGUGAAGUACAUACCCGAGCUGCAAAGCCAAGUCGCAAGGCUGUCGCGAAGAAAGGAAGAGGUUUUAGCAGAAAUCGCGAAGAGAAAAGAAGGAUCACCAACAAAAGAGGGCAUAGAGUUCCUUAUCAAUGUCUCUGCUACUUGUCUAAAUAGUGAGGAGGUAAUGGUUCACAUCACUGUUUUGAACAAGAACAUUAGUCUCCCUCUCUCUAAGUUUUUGAAGGUUUUGGAGGGAGAGGGGCUUCAACUAAUGAAUGCCUCAACUUUAACAAGCUUUGGAGAUAAAACAUUUUACAACCUCCAUUUUCAGAUUAAGAGAUGCACAGGAAUGGAGGGUCAGAUCUUCUGUGAGCAUCUUGUGAAAGUUAUUAAAGAGAAAGGAAGGGAUGAUUACUCCAGCAUACAGUGAUUAAUGUUUGGGCUAAUUUUCGAAGGCGAAAAAGUUGUUUAUAGGAGAAUUUCCGGAUUAACGAUAUGAUUAACAAAAUUAUCGUACAUUAUGGGCUUGGAAAGAUCUUAGUUUUUCUACUUUUUUGAGGAAUUCAAUUCUGGAAUUUUGGUGUGUUGAUUCA